CAAAUUGAACAUCAAAUUGUGCGGAAGCAACCGUGAGCUGAGAAGCUAGUCAACCUUGGUAACUCUAUGUGUCCAGUUCAAUCGCGCACUUUGCCUUCUGUGGCUCUCUUACGUAGAAGUAAAAAGUUAGUUAAAAGAGAUGCUGUUACCGAGCAGAAAUCGAGUGAUUGUCGAUGCUAAGCAAAGCGACGCCAGCGCGCUUCGCGCAUUGUUGUCAGGCGCAAAUGGCUAAAUACAUCGUGCAUCUACUUGUAACACAGCUGGUAGUGAUGGCGGUGCAAGGCGUCGCCCCGUCGCCACCACCAGCGCCCUUCCCGCCACGCAACCCGCCGCGGCCGCCGUCUCCACCGGCCUCCAACUGCACCUUCUCCUUUACCUGGGAGUCCGUGGACCUGGCUUCGCGCAGCUAUGCCUCGGUCAACGACAGCCUGGCGCAGCUUCUCACCUACGGCGGCGCCGGGCCGCCAGAGGGCUGGUUCUGGAUCCUGUCCGGCACUGUGUACACGCAGCUCGGGGCUCCGGAUCCCACCACGCUUCCCACCAGCGCCUGCAACGCCGCGAUCCAGAUCGCAACCGAUAGGCUGGCGCCUCUGGGAUACGUGUUCGGGGCGAGCGACGUAUCGUGCGUGACGAUGGGCGCGCCGCCGCCGCCGCCCCCGCCACCGCCGCCACUUGCCGAACUACCACCGCUGCCGCCACCGCCCGCUGCAGACAGCUACCCGGUGUGCCCCUCGCUGCCAGCGGCCUCGCGCACCGUAGCCCUGACGGUGGGCACGCUGCGGCUGCUGCCGGCGCUCAACACCUCCUCCCCCGAGCCGCUACUGCCACUGCACCUGGCGGCUGCGGCGGCGGCUACAGCCCCCAUGUGGAGCCGCUUCGGCUUCUGCGUGGUGACGCCGUGGCUGCUGGCGCCCGGCACUUCGGGCUCAGUGGUGCUGCAAGUGCCCACGUCCGCCGCCGCCGCCGCCGCGCCGUCCAACAGCACCAGCCCGGUGGCUGACGGCUGCGCGGCCAUCGCGGCGCGCAUGGUGCGUAACCUGUACGACGCAGCCAACGCCACCUCCUCGCAGCUGCACGACCUCGCCUCGCGCCUCAAACCCGAUGCGUCAGACAUCAUGAACCAUGCAAGGAAGCUGGCGGACCAGCUUCAGAGUCAGCAGCAGUCGUCAUCUUCUUCCGCCUCCUCGCCAUCAUCGUCGUCUGCCUCUUCCUCCGCGGCCUCCUCUGCGGUGUCAGCGGCUGCGUCUGCCGCGAGCAGCCUGGGCAUAGGUGUCAUUGCCGGCAUUGCUGCGGGCGGGGUGCUGCUGCUGGCCAUCGCGGGCGCCGUCGGCUACAUGGCACACCGCAAGUGGAAGGCGGCGGGCAUGCAAACCGUGCUGCCCGACCACCGGCCACUGCCCCACGGCGGCGGUCACGGACACGGCGGCGGCUGGGACGAUCCAUGGCGGGCGGAUGCGGAUGCCGGGGCGGGUGCGGAGCGGCGGGGUGCAGCUGAGGAGGAGCUGCAGCCGCUGAACCGGCCGCCGCACCAAGACGCGCAGGUUCUCAAGGUCACUACGCCCCCGCACGACCCGCCACCGGGCGCCAUGCCUGCCAUGCCGCCGUACAUGCAGCAGCCGCAGCAGCCAGGCGGCCCCUACGGCCCCUACAGCCCCUACGGCCCCCACGGCCCCUACGGCACAGGGGCGGCGUCCUUCAUGUCGCCGUGGGCAGCGCCGCGGCCCCCAAUGAUGGGCAUGGGCAUGAAUCCAAUGAUGAACCCGAUGAUGAACGCAAUGAUGAACCCGAUGAUGAACCCCAUGCUGAAUCCGAUGAUGAAUCCGAUGAUGAAUCCAAUGAUGAAUCCGAUGGGCAUGGGCAUGAAUCCUGCAAUGGGCAUGCAUUCGGCACUGGCGGCAGCCAACGCGCCACCCGGGGCAGACGCUGCGGGCGCUGGCGGGCCUUCUCCUCCCUGGUCGAUGCCGCAGGGGGCAUCGGGCGGCGGCGCGGCUCCGGGUGCGGGUGCGGGCUCCCUCCCCAACCAGCCGGAGCCAGGGCCGGCGUCGGUACAGCAGCCGGCGGCGCGAGCGGCCUCUGGCGGCGGUGGUGGGGGCGGUGGUGGUGCCCUGCCUGUAGGCAGUGGCGCGCCGCCCCAGGCCGGGGCGGAGGGCUUUGCAGGCGCGGAUGCGGGCGUGCCGGCAGCGGCGGCCGCCGCGGCGGCGGCUGGCGCGGCAGGCCCGCCCGCGGGCGUUGCUGCGAGGCACUACCGCGAGCGCCGGCAACGGCAGGGUGCGGGCGUACCGGGUGGGCCUGGAGGUGGAGGUGGAGGUGGAGGUGCUCGGCCGCUGCCGGCGGGCGCCGCGCCGCGUGACGGCUGGGUCAGUGACAGCGGCUUGCCAGGGCGGCGGCAGGGACAGCAGCGGGGCGGGGGCGCGGCGGCAGGGGCGGGGGCAGCUGCUGGAGACCAGGGCCGCAAGCCGGCUUCCGCUGGCGCGGGGGCGGGGGCGGGGGCGGGGCCGGCGCCGAACGCGGCUCUAGCGGCGCGAGAGGACUGGGCGCGGGCACUGUACGGCGAGGCUGCCGUGCCGCGCCGGACCUUUGCUGCGGGGGCGUACGGCGGUGUGCCGCAGCAGGCGGACACACAGGGAAGAUAGAGGUGGCGUGCUUUACCGUAUUGUUGGCAAGGUUGGCACAUUGUCGCGUACCUGUACCUGGUUGAAGCUCCGUGUGUUCGUUUUGGCUUUGUAUCGGGGCUUGCCGAGUGUGUGCGGGAUCAGGUGGCAGGGCCGCCGUGCAUACGCGGGCAGGGACGGCGCCACGGCUCGACGUCGGUACGAUGGCGCAGCGGUUCGCGGCACCUGCUGUGCUGACGGCGUACCGUCUUCGGCGAUCUCACAGAAGCAAGGGCUCUGAAUGAUGAAGUUGACUGUGGGCGGUGCUUUCAAAUGCAAGCUCGGCGAAGUGUCGGUGUACGAGGGUGUAUGGGCUCACCUGGUUCCGAACGGGCGAUCGCCGGUUUCCUUUUCUUCUGCAUAAUACUGCCGCACACAUUAAUAUGCACAGCAAACUGUUGAUAGCAUUUUUGAUUUAUUGAUAGGGCACUGCUACAAUACCAAUUCCUCCCCCACGAAAGCCGGGAUCUCGGUUCCACACUGGCGCUUGUAUUGCGCGGAACCUGUACUGUCCUUGGUGAGCUACUAGAAUGGAGCUACGGCGUCAUACGUUUCUGCUGGCCGCGUGAGUUGCGCCGGAACUUCUCCGCCGUGCUGCAGCCUGGCUAGCGGCGGUUGUCGAAGCCCGCAGGGGUAAAGAAGUCACAACUAGAAUGCAUCGGCUUCAAAAGGAGAGCCGCUGGUCACAUCGAAUAGUAGCCAACGCUGCCGCGUGCUGCAUUAGUCAUAGAAACGCUCCCCCACUCCAGCUCGCUUCGGACAUCACCAGAUCAAUUAGUUACACAAGUUCAGCACUUCCGUGCCUUUGGAUUGCGCAGGCUGCUUCCCGCGUUUUACCAGCGGUUGGUCGUGGAGGGCGCGCCAUACGACUCCUUCUCUUUCUGCAAGUGUCCCACGGCAUUCUCACUCUACUGCCUGGCCCCGGUCGUCACCUCCGCCGGCAGUGGCCAGAACUGCUUCCGGCUGCGGGUACGGGCGCCGGCGGGCUGCAGCGGCAGCUGUUGUCAGGCGGACCUCCGUAAGAUCGAGGUGCGGGAUGCACAGUGCACUGACAAGCAGUGGGAGCAGGGGUGGCGAAUGCGGCCUCAGGGCCCCGCCCGGCAGUCGCGCCCCCUUAUUUUGGCAACGGGUACGUUGC